AUGACCGGGGAAGAGACGACAAAGAUAAUACGGCUGGACCCUUCAGUGAGAUGCAGCUAUCUUGACGCUCGGAUCCUCCAAUCGAAUUUCUUCCCGCCUCCGGAUCGGACUCCGCCUCGAACCACGAACCACCUCAUCGCCCGGAAGUUUGGUCUUCGUGCUAAGACGUUCACACGCUGCGUCAAACUGCGGCGAUUCCGAGGUCGCGUUGUGGUCGCCGGUGUCUUCUGGACAGCCGUGGUGGCCUCAUGCUACCUCGUGUUCACAGUUCAUCGUCAGGGUGCGGAUCUCCACGACGAAUGGGUCUCAAAUUACAUUGCCAAGAGACCUCCGGGUCAGGAUCCGUUUGCCGCGCACAAGUUCAAUCAAGUGGCGUCAGAUGACACUUUAAUUGGACGCGCUCUGCCCGACACCCGGCACCAAGAUUGCGCAGCUCUACACACCUCGUACAAUACGUCCACUCUUCCCAAGACUUCGGUAGUAAUAACGUUUCACAAUGAGGCCAGAUCGGCGCUCCUCCGCACGGUCGUCAGCGUUCUUCAACGAACGCCUAGCCAUCUCCUGAAGGAGAUCGUCCUCGUAGAUGACGCCAGUGACGAUCCCACGGACGGAAUCGAGCUUCAAAUGAAAUACGACAAAAUCGAGCUGAUUACGAACAGGGAGAGGCAAGGGCUCAUGAGAUCCCGAGUGUUCGGAGCGAAGAAAGCCAAAGGUCCGGUGCUCACCUUUUUAGAUAGUCACUGUGAAUGCAACGAGGGAUGGAUAGAGCCGUUAUUAGCCCGGAUCCGCGACGAACCAAGCAAAGUUGUCUGUCCGGUUAUCGACGUGCUCUCGAUGGACACGUUCGGAUACUUCCCGGCAUCAUCUGAUCUUCGCGGAGGAUUCGAUUGGAAUCUCGUUUUCAAAUGGGAAUUUAUCACGUCAAAGCCAGAACUCGCCACUGAUCCGAUAAAGACUCCUGCGAUGGCUGGAGGACUAUUUGCCAUUACCAAGAAAGAAUUCGAACGCCUCGGAAGCUACGAUACUCAAAUGGACAUUUGGGGCGCGGAAAAUCUUGAGAUGUCCUUCCGAGUUUGGCAAUGCGGGAGCGGUAUCGAAAUUCUACCCUGUUCGAGAGUUGGGCAUGUUUUCCGUAAGCAACAUCCGUAUACUUUUCCCGGUGGAGGGAGCGGGAAGGUCUUCGCGAGGAAUUCAAGAAGGGCCGCUGAGGUGUGGAUGGACGACUACAAAAAGUAUUACUACGAACAGGUCCCCGCUGCCAAGAGCGUCGCUUACGGAGAUAUAUCGGAAAGGCUCAAAUUGCGUGAGAAACUGCGAUGCAAAAGCUUCGAAUGGUAUAUGAAGAAUGUCUACCCCGAGCUCAAGUUGCCUUCGAAUGUUCACGGGUACGUCCGGCAAAAUAACCGCUGUCUUGACACCCUUGGAGCAAUAUCCGACGGGAGCACAGUUCAUGUCUACCCCUGUCACUACCUGGGUGGAAAUCAGGACUUUAGACUGGCGAAGAAUCAUCUCCUCAUGGUGCACGACAUGUGCGUAUCAUUAGGCAGUUUGGCUGGGCAGCAACUCGUCAAGCUGAGAACAUGUAACGGUGAAAAUUCGCAGAAAUGGGUUCGCGAAGGAGGCAAGAUCCGCCAUAAGUCCAAAGCGAAUCUAUGCCUAACAAAUAGCCCGCGGGGAGUCACCGCGGACAAAUGUGCUUUCCUGGACUCACAAAUUUGGCUCACCAAGGAUUAG